GUUUACAUAUUUGCUAGUCCUUGGCGACAAUUCACUUUGGGAUAAUUAAUUGUCUGCUAAUAGUGUUCACAUUGGUGCUAAUAUUUUAGCUACUAAUUUACAAUGCUAAUAGAAAAUUCAAGCGGUAGAGUAUCAGUUUCGUUCAAAAUGGCGUCGAAUGAAGAUGGUUUCGCGAACGCGUUGAAUAUUGUGUGUGAUUUGGUGGAAGAGGAAAUUUUGAAAACAACAUCGAUUCGGAAGAAACGGAAGCGCUCGAAACGGAAAGUGUGGGUCAGACCAUGGAUUGCACGUCGAAAAAAUCUUGGAUUCAGCGCCACAUUACUUUCCGAGAUCAGAGAAGAGGACCCAAAAUCCUAUCGAAAUUUCUUACGCAUCAGUCCGGAAAAAUUUGACGAAUUAUUGAACCUGGUUGAGCCAUACAUAACAAAAAGUGACACAUUCUUCCGCGAAGCAAUACCGGCAAAAGUGAAACUGGAGGUAGUCCUAGCUUACCUAGCCACCGGAUGCAGUUUUGGCAUGUUGGAAGCCUGUUUUCGCAUACCCAAGCCGACAAUAUCGAAGUUUCUUGUGCCAGUGCUUCAGAGUAUUUCUAAGGUUCUCGGAAAAUACAUGAAGGUUUGUAAUAAAAGGUAUCCUGUUGAUGUAUUUUCUACCUAAAAAUAACAAAUUUCAGGCACCCUCCACAUCCGACGAAUGGCAUGCGGUUUCAAAUGGAUUCGACAGAAAAUGGAACUUCCCCAAGUGUUGCGGUGCUUUGGACGGGAAACACAUCCGAAUUCAAUGUCCUCCUUGUAGUAAUAGCAACUACUUCAACUACAAAGGCUACUUCAGUACGAUUCUGUUUGCCCUCGUGGAUGCAAAUUACAAAUUCAUGUACGUUGAUAUUGGCAAAAAUGGCCGAGUCAACGACGCUUCUAUCUUUCGUAACUGCAGCUUGAAGAAGGGUAUUGAAAACGGAACGAUUGGAUUUCCACGCGGAAGUAUUUUGGUUGGAGAUGAUGCUUUUCCGUUGUCAGCUUAUCUGUUGAAACCGUACUCGCAUCAUGGAUUAUUGACAGCAGCAGAAAUAAUAUUCAACUACAGACUCUCGCGUGCCCGGAGAGUUGUGGAAAACGCAUUCGGAAUACUUGUGUCACGUUUCCGAAUUUUCACACGACCGAUUGAUUUGAUUCCCGAGAAGGUAGAUGAGAUUGUGAAAGCUGCUUGUAGUUUACACAAUUGGUUGCGGGAAACAAGUCCAACUACAUAUUUCCCAUUUGGAUGUGUCGACCACGAAGACUUGGAAACUGGUGAAACUAUUCCAGGAACAUGGAGGAACGAAAUAUCAGAGCUGGAAUCAAUGCAACCAUCCAGCUCCAGAAACUACACUAAAAAUGCAGCGUCAAUUCGAAACGCCUACAAGAAGUACUUCAUGGGUCCAGGUGCCGUUGAAUGGCAGUGGAAGCAACUGAACCGCAAAAAAUAAGACAGAUCAAGUUCAUGGUCAUGGUUAAUCAAUAACACAUAUCAUCAUUACACAUGUCAUUCAACAAUGAGAAAUAAAAUAAUUGGUUCACAAUUUUGUAGCAGUAGUUGCGACAAGAAAAUAAUCAAAAAUUAUAUUGCGCUUCAGGAUAAGUAGAUCACAAAAGUAUGAAAAUUUUAUUACAUACUUAUGAGAAGGUUUCUCUUAAUUUAGUAGGAAGAGAGUUCAAAGAAUGCUUAACUGAUGCAGGCUGCCUUACUUUGGGAAAAAAUCUUCUAAGAAUUUUCUUAGGAACUUUCAGGACUUUGUGAGGAAAGUGCCUUGAUUUUGCCUUAAUAUUCUGUUAGUUAAUACAGGUUAAUACGUUUUAAACUCAUCAAACGUUAAUUCAAUAAUAUUUCGGAUCAACAGAAAUACGCUACAUAGGGUGAGCGACAAUUUAGGAGGGGGUUCUAUUGUGUACACUUCCCUGCUACACAGUUAGAUGCUGCUCCUAUCUUACCGUGCACAAAAAAUAAAUACAAUCAUUGUUGAAAAACUGACCCGU